AGGAAAACCUAGAGAGUCCACUGCCCAAGCCAAAGCCACACAGUUUAAUAGUGCACUCUUCACUCUGUCAAGCCACCGGCAGGGACCUUCUGCGUCACCCAACUCUCACUGGGAUUUUACCAGGAUGAGUGUGGAUCCUGUUUCUUCUGAAAUCUAUAAUGCAGAGUCCAGAAAUAAAGAUGAUGGAGAGGUACACUUAAAAUGGAAAAUGGAGGUGAAAGAAAUGGCAGAGAAAGCAGCUACUGGACAGCUCACAGUAUCUCCUUGGCAUCCUCAGAGUAGUUUGACUUUAGAGAGCGAGGCUGAAAAUGAGCCCGAUGCCCCGCUGCAGCCUCCCAUUGGGAGCCCUGAAAACACAGAUUGGCAGCAAGUUAUUGAGUAUCAUAGGGAAAAUGAUGAGCCCAGAGGAAAUGCCAAGUUUGACAACACGGGCAACAAUGACUGUGACAGUGACCAGCAUGACAGACAGCCCAGGCCUGGAAGCUUCACCAGUAUCAGGCACCCAUCUCCCAGACAAAAGGAGCAACCAGAGUAUAGUGAAGCCUUUCAAGCAAGUUCUGACGCAUUAGUGACUGUUGAGAAAUCUUACAGUCAUCAGUCCAUGCAAUCAACUUGUUCACCAGAGUCUUCUGAGGACAUAACAAAUGAAUUUUUAACUCCAGACGAUGAAUAUUUUUACUCCUCGACUGCUCAAGAAAACUUAGCUCUAGAGACCUCGAGUCCCAUAGAAGAGGACUUCGAAGGAAUACAAGGUGCAUUUGCCCAACCUCAAGUCUCUGGUGAGGAAAAGUUCCAGAUGAGAAAAAUUCUUGGAAAGAACGCUGAGAUUUUGCCCAGGUCUCAAUUUCAACCUGUACGAAGUACUGAAGAUGAACAAGAAGAGACAUCAAAAGAGUCACUAAAGGAACUGAAAGAGAAAGACAUAUCACUGACAGACAUUCAAGACCUGUCUAGUAUCUCCUAUGAACCAGACAGCUCUUUUAAGGAAGUUUCAUGCAAAACACCCAAAAUAAACCAUGCACCUACCAGUGUCAGCACUCCACUCAGCCCAGGGUCAGUUUCUUCAGCUGCCAGUCAGUAUAAAGACUGCAUUGAAAAUAUCACAUUUCAGGUUAAGACAGAGUCUGCCUCUUGCUGGAACAGUCAAGAAUUUAUUCAGACUUUGUCUGAUGAAUUUAUAAGUGUCCGAGAGAGAGUAAAUAAACUGGAUUCUCUCCUUACUGCCUCUGAAACUUGCCCUCCAAGACUGCCUGGUCUUAAAAGAUUGUCUUCAUUUAUUGGGACUGGAUCCUCAAGCCUUGUUAAGGCAUGUGACUCAUCACCACCCCAUGACACCCAGAGAAGGAGCCUGCCUAAAGAACCAGUAGAAGCCUUCUCACAGCAUCACAUUGAUGAGCUGCCGCCACCAUCUCAGGAGCUACUUGAUGAAAUUGAGCUCUUGAAACAGCAGCAGGGCUCAUCCACGGUGUUGCAUGAGAACACAGCAAGUGAUGCAGGAGGCACUGCAAAUGAUCAAAGGCACUUAGAAGAACAAGAAACUGACAGUAAAAAAGAAGAUAGUAGUAUGCUUUUGUCCAAAGAAACUGGAGAUCUCGGAGAGGACACAGAGAGAGCUCACUCUACUCUGGAUGAGGACCUGGAAAGAUGGCUGCAGCCACCUGAGGAGACCAUGGAGCUACAAGACCUUCCCAAGGGCUCUGAAAGGGAGACAAAUAUCAAAGAUCAAGAAGUUGGUGAAGACAAGAGAAAAAGGGAAGAUAGCAUCACGCCAGAGAGAAGGAAAUCAGAGAGUGUUCUAGGGACUUCUGAAGAAGAUAUCUCUGAGGAAAUGUGCAGUCAUGUCAUCUGGUGGCUGAAAGAUGAGGAGAUCAAGCGUUUCCUGGAAGACAACACGGAUGAUGGAGAACUGAGCAAGUUCGUGAAGGAUUUCUCAGGAAAUGAGAGCUGCCACCCACCAGAGGCUAAGACCUGGGCAUCCAGGCCCCAAGUCCCGGAGCCAAGGCCCCAGGCCCCAGACCUCUGUGAUGAUGACCUGGAGUUCAGACCCCCUUCGUGGCCCCAGUCCUCUGACAACCAGCAGUACUUCUGUGCCCCAGCCCCUCUCAGCCCAUCCACCAGGCCCCGCAGCCCAUGGGGCAAGCUUGAUCCCUAUGAUUCCACUGAGGAUGACAAGGAGUAUGUCGGCUUUGCAACCCUCCCCAACCAAGUCCACCGAAAGUCCGUGAAGAAAGGCUUUGACUUUACCCUCAUGGUGGCAGGAGAGUCUGGCCUGGGAAAAUCCACACUUGUCAAUAGCCUCUUCCUCACUGAUCUGUACCGGGACCGGAAACUCCUUGGUGCUGAAGAGCGGAUCGUGCAAACUGUGGAGAUCACUAAGCAUGCAGUGGACAUAGAAGAGAAGGGUGUGAGGCUGCGGCUCACCAUUGUGGACACACCAGGUUUUGGGGAUGCAGUCAAUAACACAGAGUGCUGGAAGCCUGUGGCAGAAUACAUUGAUCAGCAGUUUGAGCAGUAUUUCCGAGAUGAGAGUGGCCUGAACCGAAAGAACAUCCAAGACAACAGGGUGCACUGCUGCCUGUACUUCAUCUCACCCUUCGGCCAUGGGCUCCGGCCAUUGGAUGUCGAAUUCAUGAAGGCCCUGCAUCGGCGGGUCAACAUCGUGCCUAUCCUGGCUAAGGCAGACACACUGACACCUCCAGAAGUGGACCGAAAGAAACGCAAAAUCCGGGAGGAGAUUGAGCAUUUUGGAAUCAAGAUCUAUCAGUUCCCAGACUGUGACUCUGACGAGGAUGAGGACUUCAAAUUGCAGGACCAAGCCCUAAAGGAAAGCAUCCCAUUUGCAGUAAUUGGCAGCAACACUGUAGUAGAGGCCAGAGGGCGGCGAGUUCGGGGUCGACUCUACCCCUGGGGCAUCGUGGAAGUGGAAAACCCAGGGCACUGCGACUUUGUGAAGCUGAGGACAAUGCUGGUACGUACCCACAUGCAGGACCUGAAGGAUGUGACACGGGAGACACAUUAUGAGAACUACCGGGCACAGUGCAUCCAGAGCAUGACCCGCCUGGCGGUGAAGGAACGCAAUCGCAACAAACUGACUCGAGAGAGUGGUACCGACUUCCCCAUCCCUGCUGUCCCACCAGGGACAGAUCCAGAAACUGAGAAGCUUAUCCGAGAGAAAGAUGAGGAGCUGCGGCGGAUGCAGGAGAUGCUACACAAAAUACAAAAACAGAUGAAGGAGACCUAUUAACUGGCUUUCAGCCC